UUGGCUGUUGUGAUCAACCGAAGCCACCAGCCGUCUCCUCUCUCUCUCUCUCUCUCUCUGCAAUUCCCAAAUCCUAAUCUAUAGGCGUCUUCACUCCCCCUCUUUUCCUCUCGCGAUUCCCAAACCCUAACAAUCUCCUCUGCUUCUUCUUCUUUUUUCUGCAACUUCGUCCCCAAUUCAAGCUCUAUCUUUCUCUCUCUGUGUCCAUUGUCAAUUCUGUUGUUUACCUGUGGCUCCAAUGGCUGACGGGAAGCUUACCCUGCCUGACGAUCUCCUCUCAUCCAAUGUUAAUGUUGAUUGUUGGGGUGGAGGAACUGGUGAGGACAAGAAUCUGAUGAGUUUGCUUGUUGAGUCAAAAGAUCAAAUGCCGACAGAUAGCAGCAUACCCCUUUCUCCACAAUGGCUUCAUACUAAACCAAUUGAUGCUAAGGUACCUACUGCUGCAGCAUCAGUGGAAAUGCAUGCACCAAAUUCUCUGUCUCAUGGGAACUCCCCUGACAAUCUAAAAAAUAGUUGGCAGUUAGAUGGAUCCCAGGAUAAAAAAGACUGGAGAAAAAUUUCAUCUGAUCUUGAAAUCAAACGUAGUUGGCGGGAAGAGGAGAGAGAUACAAGUUUACUUGGUAGACGAGAUCGUAGAAAGGAUGAUCGUGGUGCUGAUGCUGUGUCAACAAGGGACAUUUCUGAGACUAGAUUAUUGUCUUCUUCAGAUCGUUGGUGUGAUAGUAAUAGCCGUAAUUCUGGGCAUGAAUCUUGGAGAGAUAGCAAAUGGUCAUCAAGGUGGGGUCCUGAAGAUAAGGAAAAGAAUCCUCGGACAGAGAAGAGAACAUAUGUUGAGAAGGAAGAUAGUUGUACACACAAGCAAACUGUUGUUACUGGAAGCCGCACAGCUUCUGAGCGUGAGAAUGACUCUCGAGAGAAGUGGAGGCCACGCCACCGUAUGGAAGUUCAUGCAGGUGGAACAGCUGCAUAUCGAAGUGCACCAGGAUUCGGGUCAGAAAAAGGACGCAUGGAAGCAUCAGCUAUUCGAUUUGCUGCAGGGCGAGGAAGGUCAAAUAGUAAUGGAAGCAUAUCAAUUGCAGCACAUUCUUCUGCUUCCGCAUCUGCUAUUGGGUCUAUUCCUUUAGAUAAAAAUCAAUCAUACUGCUAUCGGAGGGGCAAACUUCUGGAUAUUUACCGAAGGCAGAAAGAUCUUCCAAGUUUUGAUACCAUGCCUGAUGGGAUGGAGAAUGUAGCCUCAGUAACACUGGAAGUUGCUAUUAAGCCAUUGUCUUUAGUUGCCCCUGAUGCAGAGGAAGAAGCUUUCCUUGGAGAUAUAUGGGUGGGAAAAAUCAAAAGCUCUGGAGGUUUGCACAACUCGCUUGGUGACAGGAAUGGGGGAUCAGAAAAUGAUUAUGGAGUGACAAGUGAGGGAAGUCUGAGUUCCUUAGUUAGUACUCGUGAAAUUGUUGAAUCUCUUAGAAGGGUUUUUGUUAGUGAUUCCUGUGAUAGUAAUGGGCUUGAGAUAUCACAUACAUCAAUAACUGAGGAAGUAUGUGCUUCAAAAGAAGGUGAACAAGAGCAUAGAAUGGCAGCUGGUGGUGAUGGCUUGAUGCAUGCAGUUAUGAAAAAAGAAGAUUCCAGCAUUUCCCAGGAGAUUGACCCCAGUCAUGAUUUUGUGGAAUUGAAAGCUCUUGAUAACCAGCAAGUGGCAGAGUUGGCUAAUAUGAAUCAUCGACAGUCGGAAGAUUUUGAGUCGGUUACUUCUUUUGAAAUUGGUAGUCAGCUUCCUGAUGAUCCAAGUUCUCUAUUUGAUUUCCCAUCUGGACAGAAAAUUAGCAAUGAUCAGUUAAAGAGCAACAAUGAGGCACGCUCUUUGAGAAGCAUUAUGGUUCCUGAGGAGUUAUCUUUGUACUAUCUUGAUCCUCAAGGGGAAAUACAGGGGCCAUACCUCGGGAUUGAUAUUAUCACAUGGUUGGAGCAAGGAUAUUUUGGAACUGAUCUACCUGUUCGCAUGUCAGAUGCACCUGAUGGAUCACCCUUUCAUGAACUUGGUGACAUCAUGCCUCAUUUGAAAGCUAAACAAGGAUCUGUUUGUAGCACUCCCAAGUUAUCCGAUACUGUUGGAGGUGCCUUGGAAGAAAAUGUACCUUCUGCUUCUGAUAAGAACUUUCACUCUGGGAUUCAGUACACUGAUGAACAAAGCUUCCAGUGUUUUGUUGCUCAGGAUGAAGAAGUUCUUCUUGGAGUACCUGGAAGUAACAGUGGUAACCCUUUGAUGAAGCAUGCUGCAGACCUUCGGAAUUUGGUUUCCGAUGCUUCGAGUCACGCUUCCCUUGCAAAUGAAUUCUCAGAAACUCAUCAGGGUCAGAAUCUGCAUCCAUUUGGCCUGUUGAUGUCUGAGCUCAGAGGCAACUCUCAGCUGAGGCAUGUUCAGUCAUCCAAUAUAUCUUCAAGCAUAGGUGAUCAGGGUCAAACUAUGGAUCCUUUCUCAGAAAGGGAUGUUGCUUUCCGAAAUCACAGCUCUUUUGGUGCAGUGGUUGAUCAACCUCAUGCGGAGACAUGUUCUGAUGAUUAUAGCCAAGAGACUCUCACCAACCCUGGCAUUCAUAUAGAUUCAAAUGAUGUUCAUCACUUAUCUCACAGGGAGCAAGACAUCAGUGAUUUUGACCUACAGCAUCUAAUUUUACGGAAUCUGCAAAAAGAACAACUUGAGCAACAGAAUAAUUUUUCUCCACAUUCCCUCUCACAGGCUUCCAGAUUGGGCAUUGAGGAAAUUCCUUCUAAUAUUCUGAAACUGCAUUUUCAACAGCAGCAAUUAGAGCUUCAACAGCAACAGAGAUUGGAGCUUCAACAACAGCAGUGGCACUUGGAGCUUCAGCAGCAGCGACGGUUGGAGCUUCAACAGCAGCAGUGGUUGGAGCUUCAACAGCAGCGACAAUUGGAGCUUCAGCAGCGGCGGCAGUUGGAGCUUCAGCACCAGCGAAAAUUGGAGCUUCAGCACCAGCGAAAAUUGGAGCUUCAGCAGCAGCGGCAGUUGGAGAUUCAGCAGCAGCAGCAGCGGCAGCAGCGACAGUUGGAACUUCAGAAGCAGAAGCAGUUACUGCAACAGCAACUUCACCACCAUCAAAUGCAGUUGCUGCAGCAGCAGCAACAAGAACAACAGCAGUUGCUUUUUGAACGAAUGCUGCAGUAUCAGAUGUCUGAUCUUGGUUAUAGACAAUCAAAGGUGGAUCCUAUGAUGGAUAACUUACUUGAUCAAGUUCAGUUCAGAAUGCAGCUGGCAGAAAUGCAACAGAGUUCAAAUCCUUCGAGACACCUUGAUCCAUCACUGGAGCAAAUUAUUCAAGCUAAGGUUGGCUUGAAUGCUUCUCAAGAACCACAGGCUGAUUUCCUUGAUGUAUUGCAGUCAAAACAUAGAAAUAUACUCCCUUCCAACCAGUUUCAUUUUGAGCAAGAACGUUUGCAGGCAAAACAAUUAUCUUUGGCACUAAAACAGCAGUUAGGAAUGGAGGUGGAAAGACAUUUUAGUGGGCCAUGGUCUGUUGGUAAGGCUUGUCAGCUUUCACAGAAUUCUGAUGAUCGUCGUCAUUCUGUGUCUUCAGGAUUUGAUACUUCAGAUUUCUACCAGCAGCAGAGGCUUUCCUCACGGGAGGAGCAUCUUAAAUGGAAAGGUGCUUUACAUGAGCGACGUCAGCAUGGGCUUUAUGAACCUAGCUAUAUGGAAUUUGAGAGGUCAAUGUCUCUUCCUGGUGUCACUCCUGGGAUAAAGUUGGAGAAUGUAAAUGAUCAUCGUCAAGGUCCUGAUUCAACAGAACAUCUCUACAAGCAGCCUGCUGACCAAUUAGGUCCUUUCUCUUCUAGUAAUCCUUUCCAGUGUCAACAAUUUUCAGAUGAUUUUUCUGGUUCUCACCCAGAAGCAACGGGGCACCUUCCUGGAAAAAAUGGACAGUCAGAAAAGAGUUGGAGUGAAGGAGGGAUGCAACAACUGCAUCUUGAAACUCAGCAGCUGAGUAAGUUUCCAGAAGCUGUAAAUGCUAGUAUUUGGGCGCCAACUGGACCUGAUGAGGAAAGCUCAAAGAGACUUUUGAUGGAGCACCAAAAACUCGGUAUUCAAUCUAUGAAGUCAUCAGAAAAUGAUUAUCAACAUCUUACAUUGUCUUCUGAACCUCAGGAUUCCUUGUGGCCGAUGAAGGACUUGAGGCUUUCAAAUCUUCCUUUCAAUCACAUCCUAGGCCAAGAAGCUGCUAUGAACCAUUCAUUUAUGAAAGGGGCACAAAAUUUGAAUUCAACUUCUUUAUUGCAAGAAAAUCUUGUCAAUGCAGCUUUGAGUGCUCAAAAUGGUGAAAGAUUGCACUCCAGGUCAAAUUCAGGAGUACUAAUUGAAGAAGAGACAUUCUUGUCAGGCGCAAGAGACCUUUCUCUCACAAAUUAUGCGGAUGGCAGAUUUAUUGGUAAAUCAACUAUGGACAAAGAGUUGCCAGAAAUGGGAAGAAAGGGAAGUAUAUAUGGGUCCAGAAACAUGAUUUCAAUGAGCAUGCCAGUUUCCCAAAUUGAAGACAACUUGGUUGAGCAAGCAGGAACUGCAAUGAAUUUUGAGGGGAUACCAAGCAGGCAUAGUUCGCUAAGCAGUACUGGUGGAACUCAAAGCUUAUACAAUUAUGAGAUGGGAAAUAAUUUAUCAUCUGGAGAGGAGGUUGUUAAUGAUAGUGUACAUUCAACAUUAACCAAAGGGCUUGAUAACACUUCACAUAAACGCCUACCUGUAUCACGGGCUUUAUCUUCCCAGGAUGGUCUGUCAGACUUAGCCUCUGCCUCAAAUGUCAAGCAGAAAAGCUCAACGAGGUUUCCAACUUCUAAUGAAAAAAGGCACGAGUCUGAGGGGAAUAUUGUAGCAACCUCAGCAGGUGAAACUCAGGCAUCUGGGAAGAAAGAAAUGCGUUUUAGGAGGACGUCGUCUUACAGUGAGGCCACUAUAUCAGAGACAUCGUUCAUAGAUGUGCUUAAAAGGCCGGUUCUCUAUGAUGCUGAUGUAGCUAAUUCGGCUGCUGCUUUGGAGUCAUCUGAUGGUGGUUUGCAAGCAGCUAGAAGUGGGAAAAAGAAAGGGAAGAAAGGAAGGCAGAUAGAUCCGGCACUCCUCGGCUUCAAGGUUUCCAGCAACCGAAUUCUGAUGGGUGAAAUACAACGCCUGGAAGACUGACCAUUACAUGUAUAUAUAUCUUGUAAAUUUUUCUUCAAUUGUUGUAUAGUUGAAUAGGUUUUUGUACAGGUUAUUGAGGAAGUAUAGCAGUUUAGAAAUUCUUUGAUUCUUUCUUUUUCUCCCCAAGGCGGAGCAAUGGCCUGAUUUUGAUUUUUGCCCUCGAUGCUAUGUUUUUAUAGGCAAAUGAUUGAGAAACUUCGGAUUGAAAUAGAAAAAAGGAAUUAUUAUUAUUGCAAAUAAUUCUGGUUCGUGUUA